AUGUCUGUGUCUGUAACAAUGGCUUUCAAGGGAACGGUUCUUUAUGCCAUGGUAAGAGCUCAGAUUUUGCCGGGCCAAAUUAAUUAAGCCUAGGGAUCAAGUUCAGUUCGACCUAAAGCACGGCAGCAGUACGACGUUUAAAUUAUACAGUUAUUAUAAACACCCGCGAAUAAGAACGAAUGAAUGAACAACUUUAUUAACGUGUCAAGAUCUUCUAGCCGGCCACAAGUAGCAUACUAAUCGGGGACACUUAGUUAGUAAAAUCUGUUUAAUAAGCUUAAGAUUGAAUUUGAUAAUAUUUACGAUGAAUAUUCACUAUAAAAUUACAUUAAUAACGUUAAAUAUUAUAUGUAACAAUGAAUAAAAAUUAAUAAAUAAAUAAUAAUAUUAACAAUAAAAUAGUCUACAUUAGGGUCUCAAGUAUUACACAAGGUACAAUUUGAACAUCUGUUCUCAGCUAUGAGACUUGAAAGGUCUCUCCUCUGGAUACUUGUUUUGAAAGCCGAUAAUGUAGCUAGGUCCCUGUCCUUUGUCUGAGAUUAAGAACCUCCUGGAAGAAAUUUCCCCCUUCAAUGCCCCAAAAUGCAAGAACCUGUUUAGCCGAGGAAGAUCAAGCAGGUUCUUAUAUGUGGGUUACAGUUAAAUCAUGAUAAACAAUUUAACACAGAAGCGUAACUUUGCGAUAGUACAGUAUAACAAGAACAUACUGUACCAAACUGCAUGUAUACGAAUUCGGUAAUCAGUUGCAAAUAAAUACUGUAUUUUCAAGGACCAAACCCAAGUAUUAUUUUUCUGGUAAUCAACAAUCUUACCUCCUUCAUAAAAACAAAGAGCCUAUUUAAGAACCAACUUAGCCUAAAUUGCCGAUGAUUACCCCAAAAUACAAGAAACUAUUUUGGCAGACUCCACUAAAGUAGGUUCUUAUUCGUGGCUGUCUACUGUACUUCAUGGCAGUAGCAAGUCUAAAAGUCGUGUUCAAGACAUCAGAACUGUGUCAGUUGAGAAGUUUCUAUAGUAUCUACUCUCUGACAUGUUGAGACCUGACUGUAAUGAGCCUUUUUUGACAAAUAUAUUUUGGAGAUUUCGGGAUGUUUUAUAUGUUAUGUUUUCAAAGUGGCCGCCAGAAAAAAGGUUAAUAUGAAGAUUUUGGAACAUUUUUCUUUAAAAUAUUGUUUGCCUCAGACUCGGGAAGAAGACUGCUUGUUAACUGAAAUUUGAAUGGACUCUCAGAAGCUAAAAUCUUCACUUCAAAGAUGAACUCGGGUGCAAAAGAUAAAGCUGUAGGGGAGAUGCAAGAUAUCCAAGCGAUUCAUAGUCAGAGUGUGUAGAAGAUUGAAACUCAAGCUAAAAAGUACUUACGCAAAUACGCACAUAGGGGCACAAGGGUAACUAUAGUGAAGGCAAAGGCAUUUUUUUCUGAUAUCGGGACAGUUUAACCAGACUUAUUUUCAACUUGAAUUUCCUGCAGACAUAGAUGAGUGCUUAUCUGAAGAACUGCAUCCCUGCCCCUCAAACGCAAAAUGUGUGAACGUCAUUGGCAGCUACAAGUGUACUUGUCUUCCUGGUUACGAAGGAGAUGGACGCUCAUGUACAGACAUCAAUGAGUGCAGCAUAAGCAAACAUAACUGUAGCACUGAUUCGUUGUGUAAUAACACUAUUGGCUCUUAUACCUGCACUUGCCUUGACGGAUUUCAAGGUAAUGGCUUUUCAUGUAAAGACGUAGACGAGUGUAAAACAGACGUUCAUGAUUGCAGCCCCCAUGCGUCAUGCACUAAUUCAAUUGGUGGCCACAACUGCUCUUGUCUGCUAGGUUUCCAAGGUGAUGGGCGGACCUGUCAAGAUGUUGAUGAGUGCAAAGCCUUGAGCCAUAACUGCAGUAUUCAUGCAUCGUGUAUAAACACACUUGGUGGAUACGAAUGCAAAUGCCGUGACGGAUUUGAAGGCAACGGAUUCGAAUGUAUAGACAAGGAUGAAUGUGAGAUGAAAACCCACAAUUGUAGCCGUCAUGCAAACUGCAGAAACAACGUCGGUGCAUAUAACUGUAGUUGUCAUGAUGGUUAUGAAGGCAACGGAUGGUCUUGCACAGACGUAGACGAAUGCAAGACUAAAACACAUAGCUGCAGUAUAAACGCAUUCUGCACAAACAAUAUUGGUUCAUAUAACUGCACUUGUCAUGAUGGUUAUGAAGGCAACGGAUGGUCUUGCACAGACGUAGACGAAUGCAAGACUAAAACACAUAACUGCAGUAUGAACGCAUUCUGCACAAACAAUAUCGGUUCAUAUAACUGCACUUGUCAUGAUGGUUAUGAAGGCAACGGAUGGUCUUGCACAGACGUAGACGAAUGCAAGACUAAAACACAUAACUGCAGUAUAAACGCAUUCUGCACAAAUAAUAUCGGUUCAUAUAACUGCACUUGUCAUGAUGGUUAUGAAGGCAGUGGAUGGUCUUGCACAGACGUAGACGAAUGCAAGACCAAAACGCAUCACUGCAGUAUAAAUGCAUUCUGCACAAACAAUAUCGGUUCAUACAAUUGUAGUUGCCGUGGUGGAUUUAAUGGUGAUGGACGAACGUGCAGAGACAUUGAUGAGUGCAAAAUGCAGACACACAAUUGCAGUAUCUAUGCAUCCUGUACGAACAGCAUCGGUGCAUUCAAAUGCAAGUGCUUUGAUGGAUAUGAAGGUAAUGGAUGGCAAUGCACUGACAUCGAUGAGUGUGGGAUUGGAACUGACAACUGUCACUCUAGUGCUAGUUGUGUGAACAAGCCAGGCUCGUACAGUUGCUUCUGCAAAAGAGGGUACACGGGGAAUGGACGGUACUGCACAGGUAAGCAGUCUCCAGUGUAAUACCAAACCAUAGAAGCAAACCACAACAUUGAACCCGGCGUGUCCAAGCGAUGAAAUUCGACAAUAGAUAAAAUCGAUUGUAAUCGAUAGUAAUACUGAAUCGAGUGAUAUCGGAAAUGGAUUAAAAAAUCAGAGAUCGAAAGAGUUGAUUAUCGAUUUUUAUUAAUUUUCAUCGAUUAUAUCGAUUGUCAAUGGUAAUCGUUUGACCAUAAUUUCAGAAACGUUUAAGCUAUGCAUUAGAAAUUGAAAGUAUUACCAGUUGUAAUUUUUCACUUCCUAAAAGGAGAUCUUUCGUUCCAUAGCUGUUUUUCUUCUAGUCUGCUAAACAGCCGUUUUCAGUCAGAAGUCGUCACGCAACGCUCCUCCCCAGUUAGUGGGGAGGAGCGUUGCGUGACUACUCUAACGGCUGUGUAGCAGACUAUUUUUCUAUUAAAUGUGUCGAAAAUACGAAAACAAUGAUUGAAAGUGUGUUGAAAACUCUCUUCGAAAAAUCUGAUCAUUUGAAACUCGCGAUGCGUGGACAAAAAAUAACUAAAUAGCCCCUUAUGACGUGGAUUUGUUGAACAACGUUUCUUGAAAGUAACGACUCCUACAAAUAACAAGAGAUCCGGCCACUUUCCCCGCUUUUAUGCGACGUAAACUAAAACUGUACAACAGAACUUCAUAAACUGGUGUCCAGCGCUUUUUAAAAUCCAUAAGAAUUGAUACAAUUAAAAGGACCUCGAUUGUGAGUAUCGAUUUUCAUCGAUUGAUGAAACCAAUCAAUAUUAAUCAACUAAAUUUUUAUCGAUUACACCGAUUAUAUUGAUUAGUUUCCGAUGAUUGAUUUUCAUCGAUUCGGCACGCCGGGCAUUGAAUUAGUACACCCUCAACGUAGGAAUUUAAUAUUAAGAAACAUGAUCUUUACCAUAAGCUUUCUCAUGACAGGUCCAACAUGAAAUAUCGAAGAUUUCAACUCUUGUACACGGUUGUUUUGACAUCUUAAAAUGCCUAAAAUGGUAAUAGACAAAUCUGACUACACAGGAAGCUGUCACCCGUUUUCGGGUCUUCCUGUUAUACUGACGGAGAGCUCAGUUUUGGUUGAUCUUUAAAAUUUCUGAGAGAAAAGUUCAUCUUUAUGGGAAUUUGGACUCCCUAACUGAGCGUGAGUUAAAGGCCUUUGACUAGAGCUCUUAAGAAUGGCAUCGUCUAAUAACGACUUCACCGUUUUAUUAUUUGGUCUUUAGAUAUAAAUGAGUGCCAACACGUGCACAUGGAGACAAAUUGCAGUCCAAAUGCGCAAUGCAUCAAUAACCAAGGAUCCUACAGUUGUAAGUGCCUGGAUGGAUACCAAGGCGAUGGCGAAACGUGCUAUGAUGAGGACGAGUGUAGUCGAAAUCCUUGCAACCCGAACGCAGUUUGCAGAAAUACAGACGGCUCGUACACCUGCAGCUGUAGAACCGGUUUUCGAGGAGACGGAAAGUGGUGUGAUGACUAUAACGAGUGCCUAGCGGGUGUUUAUGACUGCCACAAAAAAGCCGUCUGUGUAAAUACAUGGGGAUCGUAUCACUGUUCCUGUUCCAAAGGGUAUCACGGAAAUGGCCACGUCUGUAAAGGUGAGGGAUUCGGUCAUAUCCGACAAAGUAUAGCUCUUGGAAAUGGAGGGGUCUCCUAGGAAUUCUUGGUAGAGCUGUGCCACCCGGUUCUCCAAAUCCUGACCCUAUUUCAGACCGAAACAUACCAUUUUGCACACCCGUUUUCAGACCUGAUCUCUGAAAGAUGAUUAGUUUGUGAACCGAUUGUGGCGUUUGAGUAAAAUCACGAGGGCUUUUGCAGAAGACAGACACUGGCUGCUCUUCUCCUUUAAAAUGCUCUUGGAGCUGAAAAGAGAAAUACUUUAUAUGCCCCCCUGGUUCCCUUGCGGCGCUCGCUCGAGCACGCAGAGCUCCGCUCUUACUAAGGUAAGGAAGUGGCCCCAUUCCCCGAGCUUCGUUUGUAGGGGUCGAACUCCAGUCAUUACUAGUAUUACUGGGACGAGAAUUCACGCUAUUUCCCAGAUAAAACUUUAAUUUUUAAGGCACGUCCGGCUUUACUAUUACUGGCGAGUGUUGAAUAAAAGGUAUAUUUUUUUUGUCUUCCUUGAAAGAACUUACAGAAGUAUAAGUCCAAUUACGGUUCGUGAAAGUAUUUAAGCUAGCUGGUCAGCUUCACGUCAAAAACUGACAAGGCUUUAUAGUACAUUCUUGUUUUUCGCUGACACUAACCAACAACCAAAAUCAGCAAAACCGGGUGUUGGGUGUGGUUUAUGGAGCUUAACAGCCAAAAUAAGCAAAAUUAGGUGUUGGGUGUGCUUGAUGAAGCUUUAAAUGUUUACAUGACCUACACCGUAACACUUAAUAACGACUGAACAUCUUUUUUUUCUUUUCCCAGUUUCUUCUUCCAGCAGCAUAAUACCGACAAGAUUUCUUUUUUUCGUCAUGCUUACCGUUUCUUAUGUGAUGUUAACUUGAGGACGAGGGCGGCGAUUUUGAAGCAAUUCUACACGUUUUAUGAUUGA